AUGUCUGGUUACGAGAAUGUUGUCGUUGGGAAGCUGAAGCUAAAGGGAAAAGCCCUGGAUGUCAAAGGCGGCGGCGUCAAGAAGAAGAAGAAGCCCAAGCAUCAUCAGGACGAGGACUCUCACGUCAUGCUGAAUCGGACGGAAUUAUCAUCUGAUCCCGCUGAAGGCGCCCCCGAUCCAAAUGAUGCGCAGUCGACGGAGGGACAACGAGGACCCUCGUAUGUGGAUACUCUCACACCGGUGGAGAAACGAUACAUAGAACAGAAGGAGAGAAUCGAUGUGAGGAGACUCGCUAAGACAGCGAAUAAAUCUCACCGGGACCGGAUCGAGGACUUCAACCAGUAUCUGGCGAACAUGAGCGAGCACUAUGACAUCCCUAAAGUCGGUCCUGGCUGA